AUGCGGCUACGAACUUGUGUGCGAGAAGAUAUUCCCCACUUUGGUUAUACUCUCCAUCCCACUGCGCGAUCGCAAAAAGGCCCAAUAGCAGUGGUGGAAGAGAACGAAGCGGUCAUCCAGAAAUUUGUCAAGGUGAAUCCAGUGAAGGAUAAUCCUGUGAAGGAUAAUCCUGUGAAGGAGGAUCCCGCCGAAGUGAACUCCUCCAAAGUGAAUCCCUCCAAAGUGAAUCCCUCCAAAGUGAAUCCCUCCAAAGUGAAUCCCUCCAAAGUGAAUCCCGCCAAAGUCAAGCGGGAAAAGGUGGACCCAGCCAAAGUUCACGCGUCAUCUGAGCGAACGACUACAGUGGAAGACAUAGACAUAGAGGUCGGGCGCCAGCACGGCGAAAAAGGCAACAACCACAACAACCAAGGAGGAAAUAACAACGAAAACGGCAAGGGGGAGAAAAAAAUGAUAAAAAAACUUGCGUAUCACAUUGUGGCAUACAUUUUUUUUGCGCUUCAUUUAAAACUAUUCAUUCUUAAAGUCUUUUAUCCAAAAUGGACAUGGGACAUGUAUCAUAUCUAUUUUUGUCUGGCCACUUGUUAUGUUAGUCUGCUCACAAUUUAUGCCACUGCUGUUUUUUGUAAUUUGAAGACGUUCGAUUUGAAAAAUUAUCCUGUUGAAGAAAUACAGUCAUGUAAGAAUUAUGCCAACAAGAAGAAUCUGCACCCCUACGUCUCCAUGGAGAGGUUGGACUUGAUCAACAUGAGCUUUAUUAAGCUACUCUAUGGCGCGAUGUUUAUGGCCCCCUGGAAAAUAAUAUCCUACUUCAUCAUAGCCACGGCCAACAUUCUCUGUUGUUUCCUGUGCUCAUUAUUCAUGGGGGAGAGCAAACAACACCAAGAAAGCGUAAUCUUAAGAAUUUACGUAAAAUUUCUCCAGUUUAUAUGCCGAGUGGCCUUAUGGCUCUUCGGAGUUAAUGAAUUAGAAAGUCAUUACCUGUGUGAUAUGGACUGGCCAAAAAAUAUCGUUGCGAAUCACGUGUCUGUCCUGGACACCUUUUAUUUUAUAAGUGAAUGUGCAUGCAGUUUUGUUGCCAAAAAAUCCCUGCGCAAGGACGUAUUUGUUGGACUUAGUGUUACAGCCUUAAGGUGUGUAUUCGUGUACAGAGAAAAAUCAGAGGAUAGAAAAAUCGCCCUGGAAAGCAUCAAGGAAAGACAGCGGAUGGUAGAAGAGAAAAAAAAUAAUUUCCCAUCUUUUGUUAUAUUUUCGGAGGGAACAACAUCCAAUGGGAUGCAAUUAAUUGAGCAGAAAAAAGGGGCUUUUUCUUCCCUCCUCCCUGUCACCCCCGUUUUGCUGGUCUACGACUACGACUUUUUUAACCCGGCCUACGACAUUUUGCCCUUCACCUGGUGGCUCAUUCUGAUUGCAUCCAAUUAUCAAAGCAUGUCUCUCAAAACGUACUGGCUUCCCAAGGUUUACCCACCCGACAAAAAGAAAUUCCCGAACAUGACAGAGGAAGAACGCAUAAACGUUUUCCAUGACGAAGUGUCCAGAAUCAUGUUCCAGAAUAUGAAGAAGUACAACCCCAAGGCGCCCCAAGAUAUAGAUGACUAUAACGACUGGCCAGGAUCGCUACGUAUAAAAUUGGAGUUUUUUCAAGCCUCCCUUGGGAACAUAGCUACCAAGUAUUUAAUGAAGGAAAAGUGUCGAAGUGAAGAAAAAUAA